CUUGAACUUAGGAACAAGUGCGUCGAGCCAGACACCGGGCGGGCUUACAUGAAGGGUCUGAAAGCAGGUGCGUUUCGACGCUGGGAGCCGUAUAAUAGAGGAAUGACGCAUGGGUUCGUGUUGGAGUUUGAGAACCAAGCAGAUCUCGACUAUUAUUUGACAGAAGACCCCGUCCAUCUGGAGUUCUCUAAGAAUGCGGCACCAUUGAUGUAUGCGACAGCCAUUUUCUUGCUCACUGUUGCGAAACUUACUGAAAUUGGCUUCCUGCGGCAGUGA